AUGUCGACACUCACCGAAAUCACAUCUGAGGCAGACUUCUCGUCGCAUCUCUCUUCCCUAUCACCUUCUGCAUUGGUCGUCCUAUACUUCCACACUCCAUGGGCUGCCCCAUGCGCGCAGAUGGGCGCAGUGCUCUCAGCCCUCGCUUCGCAGUACCCCGCCACUACCCCGCCUAGCAUCUCGUUUGUCAGCAUCAACGCCGAGGAGCUACCUGAUAUCUCAGAGGAGUAUGACGUUUCUGCCGUGCCCUUCGUCGUGUUCGUGACGCUGUCGAGCGCCACGCUGGCCGCGGAAAUGUUGCCGGUGCCACCGGUCCGAUGGAAGGCUCCCGUUACCGCUUCUCAGCCCCCUGCUGCUGAUGCGGCUAACGCAACUGCCGUUGCAUCUGCCCCCGCCUUGACACCCGAACAAUCCCGGGAGGCACUAUUUGCCCGCCUCGAACAACUGGUCAAGGCAGCAUCUGUCAUGCUGUUCAUGAAAGGAACCCCGAGCAGCCCACAAUGUGGAUUCAGUCGACAGCUCGUGGGCAUUCUACGUGAGCGUAGUGUCAAGUACGGCUUCUUCAAUAUCUUGGCCGAUGAGGAUGUACGCCAGGGUCUGAAGGAGUACGCUGAGUGGCCAACUUUCCCCCAAUUGUGGGUGAACGGCGAAUUGGUCGGUGGCUUGGAUAUUGUCCGCGAGGAAAUCAACAAUGACCCCGAUUUCCUCACUGAUCACUCGGUCAGCAAGCCCACUGCGGCUGCUUGA